UCACAUUUUUUUCUUUUUUAUAUUUGGUUUGGUUCAUGAGUUAUCAUGGCUCUAACUGGUAAAAUAACUACUGAACUUGGUAUCAAGACACCUGCUGCAAAGUUCUUCAACCUCUUCUCUACGCAACUUCACCAUGUUCAGAACAUCACUGAUAGAAUACAAGGAGGCAAGGUGAUUCAAGGUGACGAUUGGCAUGGCCCUGAUUCUGUUAAGCAUUGGAGUUAUACCAUAGACGGUAAGGUUGUUACAUGUAAGGAGAAGAUUGAAGACCUUGAUGAAGAGAACAAGUCAAUGACAUUCAACCUCUUUGAAGGGGAUAUAGAUCAACAUUACAAGAUCUUUAAGGGCAACCUACAAGUGAUUGAUAAGAACGAUGGGGGUUCAACUGUUAAAUGGACUAUUGAAUAUGAGAAGAUCAAUGAGAAUGUUGAACCUCCUUAUGGCUACUUGGACUACUUAACCAAGGUUACUAAAGACUCUGAUGAUCAUCUUCUUGGGGCAUAGCACCAUGAGUUAUAAGAAUAAUAAUAAUAAUAAUAGGACUGGCUUGGAUUUUAAUGUUUUGCUAAAUAGUGAGUGUCACUAUCAUAUGAAUACGGAUGUUUUUAUUUUUAUUUUUGUGAAUGAAUAAGAAGGAUGUUUGCUUCUUCUUCUUCUUCUCCGAGUGACCGAGUCCUUCCUUUGUAUUUAGUGAACUUGGAGAUGCAUGUCAUCUUUUGUAAUGUGUAUUAAAUUAAAUGUAAAGUUUCACUCCAAUAUAAAAAUAAUGAAUA